GUUAUAAUGCCUCCUCACCAGACAGUAGUUGGCGAUCAUCAUCGGCUAUGGUGUGAUGAUCUAAAUAUUUUGAGGGAACUUCCUUUCCUCACAUCGCCGAGCGGCAUCUUUUCCCACUCAUUACUCAUUAACGGCUUAAUGCGUUUAACAAGUGUUCGCUUACUAGACAAAACGUCGCAAUCAAACGCGCCCCCGGUCUUGUUGCCCGAUCGCACGAUCAACCGCGGUAGUUGUGAUUGCGGUUUACCACUGGAAGGAUGUACUUUCAAGUUUGGAAAGUGCGGUGACACAAUGAGUACCAUCAGGAGUCGGAAAACGACAAAGAAUAGAUCCUUCGGCAAUGCAGCUCGAGUGGAAAAAGUGAUGCAAAGUGUGUACGACGAGCUGUUUGGAGACGUGGCGGGACUGGCGACUGGAAUGGAUUGUGGUUUAGCGGAUGGAUCAGGAUUUGGCAACGAUUCGCACGGAGGAGUGUCACCAGAUGGAGGAUAUCAUCAGAGGUCGCAGGCUAAUGCGAGAGAGCGGUUUCGAACACACAGUGUUAACUCGGCUUUCACCAAUCUGCGUCUGUUAAUUCCUACCGAACCGAAAAAUAGGAAACUUUCUAAAAUAGAAACCCUGCGCUUGGCCAAAAGCUACAUCUCCCAUCUAAUAGCAGUGCUUAUCACUGGCAAUACUCGACAUCCUUGUUUGAUGGCUCAACCGUCCCGGCUCGGCGGUACCGGAAGUGGUGACAAUCUUGACGAAUGCGAAAGUACAAGCGACAGCAGCCAGUGUAGCCGGGGAUCGGCUGCACCCUUGCUAUGUAAUCUGGAAAAUGGAAUCGAAAGCUACGAAUCUGUGAGAUCUGGCUUCAGCUCAGAAGGAAGGGCGGCUAUCUGCACGUUUUGUGUUUCAAUGAAAAAGUAAAAUAAAAUUAAAACACUUUGUUUAUUUGGGAUCCGAAAUUUUCAACUGCCAUUUUAAAUGUCAUUACAAUAAAGCGACGCGUUGCUACUCAAGCAACGCUUUUUAAUUUCAUGUGUUCCCGUUAGA